GGGGCACAACUCAACCCCGCAUCAUGACUCCGACACCCCUCACUCCUCUCCGUGCCUGGACGCACUGCAUCUCUCUGCUUUGUGCUGUGCACGGCCUGAUGCAGAAUGUCUCCCAGGUCCCUUCCUCUCUCAGGGUCACGGAAGGAGAGGUCAUCAGUCUGACCUGCACCUUACAGGCAGCAACCAAAGACAUAAAGGAACUCAGCUUCAUCUGGAACUUCGGGAAUACUGAGGAGACCUGUCCUUUAGUAGCUAAAGAUUCUGAUUCGUCACGUUGUGACAUUCCUGAUCCAAGAGUCUCCAUCACGGCUCACUUACCAACUAAAUCCUCAGUCUUAACCAUCACCCAAGCAACUCGAAACCAUAGUGGCACCUAUGGGUGUCAGGUCAAGAUUUUCAAACCUCUCCCAAUCAUGAGCUUUAAUGGAAAUGGAUCAGUUGUACGGGUAGAAGCGUCCAGAAAGAUGGAAAGCAACGUUUCCCAGUCCCCCUCUUCUCUCUUGUUAACAGAAGGAAACGUCAUCACUCUGAACUGUACUUUAUGGACCGCAGAUAUACUCCCAGAAGAGCUCAACUUCACCUGGACCAGUCAGAGUACUCAGGUAUCCUGCCACGUAGAGGCCAAUGUUUCUGUAUCAUCGCAGUGUGAUAGCCCUGACCCAAGAGUCACUGUCACAGCUCAUUUACCAAGUGGAUCCUCGGUCCUCAGAAUCAACCAAUCAACUCUGAAGAAUAACGGAACCUAUAGGUGUCAGGUUGCGAUCCUCAAACCCCUCCCAGUCAGGAUACUGUAUGGCAAUGGGUCUGUUGUAAUGGUGCGGGGGAUGGUGAACCCAUCUUCUCUGGACUGGCUUAUGCCCUUGGCCGCAGUUUCCGCCCUCCUGUUAGUCUUUCUAUGUGCGUUUUUGAUCUACAUCCUGGUGAGGAAAAAUAACAAAGGUCAAGCUCGGGACAAGGCGCCCGGACAAGUCAUCCGGAACCGGUGGUAUCCUGUAUCCGAUGAUCAGGACUCAUCAGGAGUGGUGUAUUCAAUGGUGCAAGACCCUACUUCAGGUCUCCACCAGCAACAGAGUGAGGAGGCAGCUUACGCUGAAAUCAGCCUGCCUGAGCUGGACCGCCCCCCACGUGAAUGGGUGAAGACGGAGUACGCCAUGGUUCAUCGAUAAUCGGAGCAGGAACACAGGUCAGCACCAGGGUCCCAGCUUCUGAGAGUCCAGGGAGAAUCCACACUCCGAUUGAGCUGGGUUAUGCCGGCCCUCUGUGGUCGAAGGACAGAGCUUGAAAAGGGAAGGCCUGAUCACAUUGGGAAGCAACAGGAAAUACUUGCAUUGAUAUAGCGCCUUUUAUAACCUCAGGAUGUCCCCUGGCUAUUCGCAACCAAGGAAUUACCUUUUUUUUUUCUGAAGCGUGGCCACUGUUGUAAUGUACGAAACACGGCAGCCACAUUGCGCACAGCAAGAUCCCACAAACAGCAACAUGAUAAAUGGCCCAGAACAUCCGUUUGUGCGAUGUUGAUUGUAGCAUAAAUAUUGGCCCCCCCCUCCCCAAACCCCAACCCGCUCUCCUUCGAAAUGGUGGCCGUGGGAUCUUUUACACCCACCCGAGGGGGCAGACUUCUGAGGAGUGGAGGGGAGGACGAUGCUGUCACCUUGGGAAGGAAGAGGACCCCACGCAAUUCUCAACCUGACAUGCCGCUCCAGUCAUCACUCUGAUCAUCACUCUGCACGCUGACCCUCAGAGCUAGGGGAACACAGCUGGUCACCAUGGAGGCUACCCCCUAUUUUGGCCCUGGGGUGUGGGGGUUGUGGGGGAAGAGAAGGGCCGGUAGCCAAAGGGGGGAGAAAAUUCUCAAUGUAAUUGAAAUAAAUUUGGCACUGGCACUAA